AUGAUUCCUGACCGCCCCGACCUGCAAACAGCAGCCCAGGCCAUUGCGGAAGGCUUGGCAUACAAGAUUGCAACUUCCGAUGUGCCGGAGAUGCUUGUGGGGAAGAAGAUCGUUCAGUUGGACCUGGCGAUGCUUCUUGCGGGCACAAAGUAUCGAGGUGAGUUCGAGGAGCGCCUGAAGAACGUCAUCAAGGAGGUUCUGGACUCUGAGAAGAAUAUCAUCCUCAUGAUAGACGAGAUCCACACUCUGGUUGGUGCUGGCGGCACCGGUGACGGAGGCUCCGGAUCUGUGCAGGGAAGUCCUUCACCCGAUGCCUUUCUCAAGCCGAUUUCCGCGUUAGGACCUGUGGGGUCUUUGGAUGCCUCUUUCGCGGCUUGA